GGGGCGGGCCCCCGGGUUGCCUGGCUGGGGGGGUGGGGGUGGGAACUGUGCUGGGGCUCCGGGCGCCCGGGCUUAAGAACGCGGCGUGCGCACCGGGUUCACGGAGCACCAGUCGGCGCAUAGCCACCCCAGCGCCGCUGUACGCACGCGCCCCGCAGCACCCGGCUGACGCCGGCCUUCGCACCGCCUCCGCCGCAGGAAGCUACCACGAACCGCUAGCACCAUGCCCCGUAUAGACGCGGACCUUAAACUCGACUUCAAGGAUGUUCUGCUGCGACCUAAGCGGAGCAGCCUCAAGAGCCGAUCCGAGGUGGAUCUUGAGCGAACCUUCACAUUUCGAAACUCAAAACAGACCUACUCGGGGAUUCCCAUCAUUGUGGCCAACAUGGACACUGUGGGGACAUUUGAGAUGGCUGUGGUGAUGUCACAGCAUGCCAUGUUUACAGCUGUCCACAAGCACUACUCCCUGGAUGACUGGAAACGGUUUGCGGAAAACCACCCGGAAUGCCUGCAGCAUAUAGCUGUGAGUUCUGGCAGCGGGCAGAAUGAUCUUGAGAAGAUGAGCCGCAUCUUGGAAACUGUGCCUCAGGUGAAGUUCAUCUGCCUGGAUGUGGCCAAUGGGUAUUCGGAACAUUUUGUGGAAUUCGUGAAACUGGUCCGAUCCAAAUUCCCCGAACACACCAUCAUGGCAGGGAACGUGGUAACAGGAGAGAUGGUGGAGGAGCUCAUCCUUUCUGGAGCAGAUAUCAUCAAAGUGGGAGUUGGACCAGGUUCUGUGUGCACCACCCGAACCAAGACAGGAGUGGGCUACCCGCAGCUGAGCGCCGUGAUAGAGUGCGCUGACUCCGCCCAUGGCCUCAAGGGGCACAUCAUCUCUGAUGGAGGCUGCACGUGUCCAGGAGAUGUCGCCAAAGCCUUUGGAGCUGGUGCGGACUUCGUCAUGCUGGGAGGCAUGUUCUCAGGCCACACCGAGUGUGCAGGAGAGGUGAUUGAGAGGAACGGGCAGAAGCUGAAACUCUUCUAUGGCAUGAGCUCAGACACAGCCAUGAAGAAACAUGCGGGAGGCGUCGCUGAGUACAGGGCCUCUGAGGGCAAGACCGUGGAAGUGCCUUACAAAGGGGAUGUGGAGAACACAAUUCUGGAUAUCCUCGGAGGACUUCGGUCCACCUGUACCUAUGUAGGGGCCGCCAAGCUCAAGGAGCUCAGCAGGAGAGCCACGUUCAUCCGGGUGACCCAACAGCAUAACACAGUGUUUGGUUAACCUCAGGGAUGCAGAUGUGUUGAGCCAAGUGGAAGCCUCCUUUUGCCAUGCUUCGCCCCUCCCCUCCUUAUCUGCCCUAGCAGGCUGGCUGCUAUCACAGAUGCUGAGACUGAGUCCUGAUCAUGGAGCCCGAGACCUUGGGGCUUACCCUAGUGCCUGUGUGGGGCCCAGAAGCAGGAUGCUUGCGGGGCCCUGGGUCAGCACCUGGAACUCAUUGCCUCCUGGUUUCAACCAGCCCUUGCACCCUCCUUUCUGCCUGCCAUUUGUUUUCUUUCUAAAGGACAAUGGUUUCACUUUUAAUAUAAUGCUCUAUGAUCUUCA